AUGGGGAUAGAGAGCAAAGAGAUCGCCGAGAAGCAGCAGCAGCCUCCCGUCCCCUCUGUGGAUGACGACAGUAGCGAUGAGGAGGCUGGUCCCAUGCCUCCGCCAAGCCAUCCAAACAAGAAGCGAAAGGUGCUCGAGUUCCAGCAAGUCUUCUUGGACCAUCUGCCGAGCGCGCAGCUCUACGAGGCGCAGAGAAGCUACAUGCACCAGAACCAAGUGCUGCACGUGAAGUUCACCAAGACAAACUUUCUCAUUACUGGAAGCGCGGAGGGCCACAUCAAGUUCUGGAAGAAGAAAUCGAAAGAGAUCGAGUUUGUGAAGAGGUUUUUUGCACAUCUUGGGCCAGUGACAAGCAUGGCGGUCUCUCUUGAUGGAGUUUGGAUGUGCUCGGUCAGCAGCAAAGACAAGGUCCUGAAUGUAUUCGAUGUCAUCAAUUUCGACAUGGUGAACCGAAUCCAACUUGACUUCACACCGAGUCGGGUCGAGUGGAUCUCGAGGGCAGGAGCCAAUAAAAUGCUGAUUGCGAUUGCAUGCGCAGACUCAGGCGAUAUUAAGGUGUUCGACUCCAAGGGAAGCAACAAGGAACUGAAGGUGGUCUCCCUCCACAAGCACCCCGUCUGUGCGAUGUGUUUCCAUCCUCAGCUGGAAGCCGUCAUCUCCACAGACAAGAAGGGGAUCAUCGAGAUGUGGGACCCCGACACCCUCCAGGUGCAGCUGAACCCCUGCAGGGUUGCCAUUCCUUCCGGCGUCAAGUUUCGGUUCAAGUCAGACACAGACUUGUACGAGCUUGCUAAGACUCGCUCGUUCGCCUACUCGCUGGACUUAAGCCCUGACGGAGAUCUCGUGGCUGCCAUGUGUUCGGACAAGCAGGUCAGGAUCUGGAGAUGCCUCACGGGCAAGUUGUUCAAGGGAGGAAACAUGGCCCUUGACGCUCUUGACUUCGGUCGUCGAAUGGCGGUGGAGAAGGAGAUGGAGUCGAACAAGUCAAACGAUGAUUCCUGCAUGCCGAACGCGAUCUUCGAUCAAAGUGGAAAGCUUUUGCUCUACGGCUCUCUGAUCGGCAUCAAGGUUGUCAACCUAGUGGAGAACAAGGUCAUGAGGGUGCUGGGAAAGGCGGCAUCGAAGAAGCUCGGCAGAGGAGCCGUCAUUCACACCACCAUGGGCGACAUCACCAUCAAGCUUUUCCCCGAGGAGUGCCCGAAGACGGUCGAAAACUUCUGCACGCACGCCAAGAACGGAUACUACAACGGCGUGAUCUUCCACCGCGUCAUCAAGUCCUUCAUGCUCCAGACGGGCGACCCGCUCGGAGAUGGGACAGGCGGAACUUCUAUCUGGGGAACUGAGUUCGAAGAUGAGUUUCACCGCUCGCUGCGCCAUGACAGGCCCUUCACCGUCUCCAUGGCCAACGCUGGGCCGAACACCAACGGCUCUCAAUUCUUUAUCACCUCUGUCCCCACCCCCUGGCUGGAUAACAAGCACACAGUCUUUGGGAGGUGCGUCAAGGGCAUGGACGUUGUGCAGGCCAUCGAGAACGUUCGGACCAACAAGGAGGACAAGCCCUGGGAGGACAUCAGCAUCGUCAGCAUCCGCGUGCUGGACCAGACGCCUUCAGCCAAGUAG